UAAAAAGGCAAACUAGGGGGCUAGAAAAAUAUAUUAGCUACAAAUUAAUAUAAAUUUAUAGUGCAUUUAAUUAUUCGAUAAGAAAAGAUGAAUAAUUCCAGGUCCAAUAGCAACACCAGCACGCCGCCGCCUAAAUUCAACUUUAGCCAGCCGCCACCGGGAUGGGGCUACGCUACUUCGCCUUCGGUAUCAGGAACACCGCCAAAUCGAAACUAUCCACCUCCCCCACCAAAAGAAAACAAGCGCUACCUUCCAUCUUUGAGCAGUCCUAAUAAAUCUGAGCAUGGCUAUGGAUCGCCAGAAACUCCCCCGUACAAAAACGACUCAUCGAGAUAUUCAUAUUAUCAAGGAUCCAAUAUGCAAUCCCCAAGGCAAUCACCAAAUACGAUAAAUACUAAAACUCCUCCUCCGACUCGAGAUCAACAAACAAACUACCAUACGAUGCCGCCUCCGCCUUUGCCCGUCGAAAAACCGAUGGUGGAUCAGCGGUUGUUUGCCAUGCCGCCUCCGCCGCCCCCUACAGAACAGUACCCGCCGAAUUUGCAAGUGCCUCCAGCUAAUAUGCCGGUACCGCCUCCAACUAAUAUGCCGGUACCGCCUCCCACAGGUUUCAUUUUGAGCAGUACUGUAUAUGCCUUUCCGGUUCAGAACGCUCCUCCAGUACCUCCAAUAGGAGCUGGACCUGCUGGUGCUGCUGGGUAUAUGACCCAUAAUCAGCAGCCACCGGGCAAUUAUCGUCAUCAGUCGCCUUAUCAAGGGGAAUACCGGAAUAGCGGAUAUUCGGCUAGAAGUGGCGGCUAUAACAAUCAAAUAAGUCGAAAACGAAACGGGCAAGAGUGUGAUACAGAUUCGCCCAAAAAGAAUUCAUCCAAAAAAAAGAAGAAGCCGCUGUCGCAAAAUAUGCCAUCGAAAAAAGACUGGUCAGUUGAAGAUGCUAAAAGAGCUCUAGAUGUGGAACGGGAGUACAACAAAAGGCAUAAAAGUCCCUCUUUGAUCAUCAAGUUUCCCGAUGUGGAACUGAAUCGUGAAAUUGUGUCGAAGUUUCAUCCGAAAAUCGAAAGCGUUCAUUUCCAGCAACCGUCUACUCCCAGAUUUUGUUUCGUCACUUUAAGGGAUUCCGCUUGCAUCGAUGAAGUGAUCAACGAAAUCCGUAAAAUCAAAUUCGGCGACGGUUUCUUAACAGCUGAACCAAAAAACAACCGAGAAGACGAUGUGGUCAAAGGACCUGAAGAUAUCGAUCCUUUAACCCUUUAUGUUGGAAAUUUAGCUCAAGAAGUAACAGUCGAUGACGUCCACAAAGCCUACCCAAAACACAAAAGAAUCGACAUCGGCUUCGCCAAAAAAAUGAAAUACACCCGAUACGCUUUUGUAUCAUUCCGUAACGUCGAUGACGCAAUUGAAUCCUUUCAAAGCACCCACUCAACAGAAAUGUACAAUAAAAGCCUCAUUGUCCGAUUUAGACGGUUGCACGGUACCGUCGGCCUUCCAGGAGAUCCCAAACCACAAAACCCUGCUAAAAACACCCUACAAAACAAUGAACCAGAAUCGGUUGUUGGUAUUAAUAAAACUCCUUUGAAUGCAAACAAAUUAGGCAGGCAUUCGCCUUUGGCUGAUCCAGAUGAGUUCGGCAACGAUUACGAACUGGAAAGCGAGGAUAAUUACACUAGAAAUAUGGAAAAUAUUUUCAGUAGUGAGCAGAAUAAUAGCAGUACAGAUUGGAGCAGAGUGACUUUGUCCAGAACUAGCAGUGUCCGUAUUAAAGAUGAACCUUUGGAUAUGGAUCCGGAUUUGGAUCCUGAUGUUGAUUUGCCUCUUUUUGAUGAUGCUGGAAUAAUUCCACGAGUGCACACGCCUACAAUUGAACCUAGACGUGAACAGGUUCAAGUAAAACAGGAACCCAGGUCUGAUCUUCCUUUAACAAUCAAAGAAGAACCCUCUUCUGAAUUUCCUCCUGUGCUAAGCGGACGUGCCUCCAGGGGUAGUUUUAGUUUCAAUGAGGGUGACAAUGUAAGUUUUCAAUUUUAAUUUUUUUGGCUUUUUUUUUUAUUUUAUAAUUUUUUUUUUUUUUGUGAUUAUUAUAUAAGAACUAUACUUUAUUGUUUUUCGACACUAAAAUCUACUUUUUUCAAGGAAUCGAUUUUUAAUGUUUUAUCGAUUGUGAUUAUUCUUAAAACUAUAAGUACUACUAUUUUUUUUUGUUAGCAAAAGUAAUACAUACUAUUGUAUAAUUUCAAUAAUCCAAAAUCCAAUAUCAACUGCAUAAUUAGAAAACAGACAAAAAUACGUAAUGAUGGAUAGAAGUUGAUGCUUUAUAAGGUAUUUUUUUAUUAUUCUCUGUCUUCAAAUGUACAUUAUUUUUUUAUACAAACUGAAAAUUUGUAGCUUCUUAUCGAAUCCAGAUUUUUUCUUUUUUCAAUUUGCAUUGAAGUUAUUUUAGUACCUAAGUGCGCGUUCACAUUGACACCGCUUGAGCGGUGAGCGUUGCGCGAUGCCGCUGUAGCAAUGCCCAAAAAUAAUUUUAACAUUAUAUUUCAAAUGAACAUAAAUUAAGUUAUUUAUUCGCGAAACUUUGUUUUUAAAAAACUUUAUUUACGCAAAAAUAGAGAAUAACUAUUACAAUACUUAUAGGUCUAAGUCUUCAGUUAUACUAAUCUACUUACAAAGGAUCCCUUAGCUCUAUAUAUAUCUAAAAGAAGUCAUAAAUGUGUCAUUAGAAAGUAAAACAUUAUGUUUACAUUAAGAAACGAUAAGUGAUAUAUUAAGCACAUAACUCAUGUUAACACCGCGCGUAACACCGAUCCAGUGUGAACAUGUUCAUUUGAAAUAUAAUGUUAAGAUUAUUUUUGAGCAUCACUACAGCGGCAUCGCGCAAGCGGUGUCAAUGUGAACGCGCACUUAUGCCUGUUAACAGUAUAAUAUUCUUAUUGGAUUGAUUAUUAUUAGAUUAUUAAUAACUAUUAUAUUGUAAUUUUUAAGUUUUUUGAAUAUGUAAUUUCAAAGACUACAUUUUUUUAUAAGUAUAAUAAGUAUAUAAUUGCCUUCACAGUGUUGGCUUUUAUAUUUUCAAUACAUAAUAAGUUUUUCUUUUGUCGUUGAAUACUGAAAUGAACAAUAAAUGAUCUAUUUUAA